AUGACGUCCCUUUCAAAAAAACAGCUCUUCAACCAAUUCCUUUCAUCUCUACUCAUCUUCCUCCUUGUGGCCAUCAUCCCUGAUUUGGUUUGUUCAUCCACUGCUUCCGUAACUUCUCCUUUUACUUACACUAACAGUAAGGUUAAGAUAACAGAGGAAAGAAAGGAAGCAAAGGCUCUUCUAAACUGGAAAAUUAGCCUUCACAUCAAAAGUCAGUCUCUCUUGUCCUCUUGGGUUGGAACCACUCCUUGCAAUUGGGUUGGAAUAAAUUGCGACAAGUCUGGAAGUGUCACCCAUCUACACCUUUCAGGUUAUGGUUUGAGAGGUACGCUUCACAAUCUCAGCUUUCAUUCCUUCCCCAAUCUACUAAAUCUUGACCUUUCUUACAACUCACUAUUUGGAACCAUCCCCUCAAAUAUUUCUCAGCUCUCUAAACUCUCUGUUCUUAACCUUACUGCUAAUCAAUUCAUCAAGAAGAUUCCAUCUGAAAUAGGCCAAUUGAAAAGCCUUCACAUCAUUGACCUUUCUAUGAACCAUAUGACUGGCCUUAUUCCUCAAGAAUUAGGAGAGUUAAGUUCUUUGAAUGAGCUUGAUUUAUCAUCAAAUCAUCUCACUGGUGUCAUCCCAACUUCUCUUAAAAACUUAAGCAAUCUAACCAUUCUAUAUCUUCAUGAGAAUCAGCUUUUAGGUUCCAUCCCUCAAGAAUUGGGAAUGCUAAGUUCUCUAAGUGACCUUGCGUUAUCAUCAAACAAUCUCACUGGUGUCAUCCCUGCUUCUUUUGGAAACUUAAGCAGCCUAACCACUCUAUAUCUUUAUGAAAACCAACUUUCUGGUUUCAUCCCUGCUUCUCUUGGAAAUUUAAGCAAUCUAACCACUCUAUAUCUUUCUGAGAACCAACUUUCAGGUUCCAUCCCUGCUUCUCUUGGAAACUUAAGCAAUCUAACCACUCUAUAUCUUUAUGAGAACCAACUUUCUGGUUCCAUCUCUCAAGAAUUAGGAAUGCUAAGUUAUUUGAGUGACCUUGGGUUAUCAGCAAACAAUCUCACAGGUGCAAUCCCAAUGUCAUUUGGAAACUUAAGCAAACUGAGUGUUCUAUAUCUUCAUAUGAACCAACUUUCAGGUUCCAUCCCUCGAGAAUUUGGAAUGGUAAGUUCUUUGAAGAUCUUAAGUUAUCAUUUAACAAUUUCAUUGUUCACUAAUAAGGUAAGCAAUCUCAUUUCUUUUGAACAGAACAAUCUUACUCAAUUGAAGAAGUUCGAUUUAUCUGAAAACCAAUUCACUGGUCACUUACCAGACAAUGUGUGCCUUGGUGGAUUGCUUGAGCACUUCGCUGUAGGAGAGAAUCAUUUUAUUGGUUCAAUACCAAAAUCCUUGAGAAAAUGCACCAGCCUAGUUAGAGCCCGACUUAAUAGAAAUCAGCUUACUGGAAAUCUAGGCGAAAGUUUUGGUGUAUACCCACAUUUAGAAUACAUGGAGUUGAGUAAUAACAAAUUUUAUGGUGAGCUUUCAAGGAAUUGGGGGAAAUGUCAAAAAUUGACAAGCCUAAAAGCCUCUAACAAUGAUAUUUCAGGUAGAAUAUCUCCUGAGCUUGGAGAUGCAACUCAAUUACAUGUGCUCGAUCUCUCAUCAAAUCAGCUAAGUGGGGAAAUCCCAAAGGAAUUAGGUAACUUGACGCUUUUGAUAGACCUUUAUCUAGAUAAUAAUAAACUUUCUGGACAUAUUCCUAACAAUUUUGGAAUGCUAUCAAAUCUGGAGCAACUUAAUCUUGCUAGAAAUAGUCUAAAUGGCCUAAUUCCCGAACUAGAGAAUUGUAAAAAAUUGUGGGUCUUGAAUUUGAGCAACAAUCACUUAAGCAAAUUUAUUCCACUUCAAAUUAGCAAUUUUCACUUUCUCCAAUAUCUUGAUCUUAGCCAAAAUUUAAUAGCGGGAGAGAUACCACAACAACUUGGAGAUUUGAAAACAUUAGAAAUUUUGAAUCUUUCUCACAAUGCACUCUUUGGCUCUAUUCCAUCUAGUUUUGUUCAAAUGAUAAGCUUAAUAUCCGUUGAUUUGUCCUACAAUCAACUGAGCGGUCCUAUUCCGAAUACUAAAGCAUUUCGUGAGGUAUCAAUAGAAGCAUUUAGAAAUAAUAAGGGAUUGUGUGGCAAUGCCACUGGUUUGAAGGCUUGCCCCUCUAAAAUUAGCCACAAUCCCCAUGCCAAAAGGGGGAAUAAAUUUACUAAACUGAUCUUAGCCGUUUUGGGGCUUGUCUUCCUCAUAUUUAUCAUUUCUGGAAUUAUGUUAUAUGUUUGCUCAAGAAAGAAAAAGACAAAAAACAAUCUAGGAGAAGCAGAACAUCAAAAUAUGUUUUUAGUAUGGAGCUAUGAUGGGAAAAUGGUUUAUGAAAAUAUUAUUGAGGCAACAAAGGAUUUUGAUGACAAACAUUGUAUUGGUGUUGGGGGGCAUGGAGUUGUUUAUAAAGCUGUGUUGCCAACGGGUCAAGUUGUUGCUAUAAAGAAAUUCCAUCCACUCUCAGCAGACAGUGUGGUCAAUCUUAAAGCUUUCACUAGUGAGAUAUGUAGUCUAACUGAAAUAAGACAUCGCAACAUUAUCAAACUUUAUGGCUUUUGCUCACAUCGACGGCAUUUGCUUUUAGUUUAUGAGUUCUUGGAAGGUGGGAGCUUGGAAAAGAUACUAAAUAAUGAUGAAUUAGCACCAGAAUUUGAUUGGGCUAAGAGGCUAAAUGUUGUAAAAGGUGUGGCAAGUGCUUUGUCUUAUAUGCAUCAUGACUGCUCUCAUCCAAUAAUUCACCGUGACAUAUCAAGCAAGAAUGUUCUACUAGAUUCUAAAUAUGAAGCUCAUCUCUCUGACUUUGGCACAACUAGGAUUAUGAGCUCUGACACUUCUUAUUGGACUUCUUUUGCUGGCACCAUUGGAUACACUGCUCCAGAAUGUGCAUACACAAUGGAAGUGAGUGAAAAGUGUGACGUUUAUAGCUUUGGUGUAGUCACAUUGGAAGUACUUAUGGGAAGGCAUCCGGGCAAUUUGAUCUCAUCAUUGCUAUCAUCAUCAUUUGCAUCAUCGUCCCAUGAUUUGCUACUAGAAGAUGUAUUGGAUGAACGUCUUGCGUAUCCUACAAAUCAAGAGUUGGAGAAGGUGGUUUUAGUGGCAAAGAUAGCGUUAACAUGCUUGCACACCAGUCCACAAUCUCGUCCAACCAUGCAACAAGUUUAUCAGAAGCUAUCAAAUUGGAAAUCUCCUUUCACAAAGCCGUUGUGCAUGAUCACGUUAAGAGAUCUCAUUGAUCUUGGCAAUCUCAAUUAA